AUGACAGUCCGCCGACGACCACCGCCACCCUCACCGACAUCCCCACCACUGGUACUGCCCUCUGCCCCUCUGCAACCAGGAUCCGCCAGCGUCCCUCACGCUUAUACCCGUCAAACUUCUGAUCUUCGUUCUCAAAUGCCUCUUCGACGUACUGGCCUUACGCCACAGCAAAUCCGGGUCAAUUCACAUCAUCAAGGUGCGCAAGCUUUGGCAUCGACCAUAGCACAAGCGUCGGCAGCGGGGGAAGCACCCGUCCGUCCCAACACACCAUUCACCACUCGACGAGGACUGCCCCGUCCGCGUCUCACUUUGCCAUCCCUCCACGAGGACAUAGCAACUAGCGCCAGUGCGGCGCUGAGAGACUUCCCGCCUCUCCAGCGCUUCCCUUCAGGCACACUAUUGGGCGCUCGGGACGUUGACGCUCCGGAAGACCUUGACGGUCUUCCCCUCGACAUCGACUAUGAUAUGAGUCUCAUUGAAUUUCUUCAAGAGAGAUUGCCACCCCUGUCGCCUUCAGCUCCCCUUCGCCAAACCAACUCGCUCAACUACCAGCAAUACUUGCUCCUACAAGCCGAACUUGAGCAAGCAGUGUCGGAAUUUCUCUAUCCCACCGUAGUAGGGCGGGAAGCCCGCACAGCAGGGCUCUGCCAGUCGCAAGCACGUCUGGAGGACAAGCCUUCACGAUAG